CGGGGUAGGAUUCCUUGCCGUCUCCCGCUCUUCACCACGCGCUUCCCGCGAAACGCCAACCAAUUCCUCCGUCGAUCAAAAACUGCCCCUCUCACAAGGAGAAAUCUUUCCCGCGGGCGGCGGAGGAAUUCGCGGAUUAGGUUGGUGGGUUCGACCGAUCCGCGUCCCCGGGUUCCCAAGUUCCCAGGUAAGCCGAGCCCGGAGCAUGGCGCCGCUGUCGUGGCGGCACCACACGCUGCUGCAGUCGCUGCUCCACCGCGGUCCCCUCUCCGAACGCGACUUCCACGCCAUCUUCGCUGGCGUCUCCGGCAAGAACCCCGCCACUCACCAACAACUGUUCAAUGAUACACUUCUCAAGAUCAACAAGGACCUUGCCUACUUGCAGUUCGAGUUGCGGGCAUGCAUUAACCAAUAUGAUGGAAUGGUUUACUACGGGGUGGUUAAUAACAUUGCUGACGAAGAGUCUAAGCUUGGAACAAAGUACUCCGUGCCCCAGAUCGCAUUCUACAAGGGACUGCUAGAAGCAAUAGUUCAGGAAGCUGGAAAUGAUGGGAGCAUAACCAGUAUCGACGCCCUCAAUGUCCGGCUUGAUAACCAGGUCGCAGUAUUAGACGGUUCACAGGACAGCCAGUCUCGCCUUCCUAGCUCCAUAAAGAACUUCUCAAUGAGCCAGAAGGAGAAAACUCUCGAUGAGCUGAUACGGGACCGCUGGUUGUCGUACACCGCCACAGGCAAGAUCGGUCUGGGCACCAGGUCAUUUCUUGACCUCCGGAGCUGGUUCCGUGGUAACGAUAUCCCGUCUUGUGUUGUCUGCAACGAAGCUUGUAUAAAGGCAUCGAGUUGUCCGAACGAGGGAUGCGAUGUUAGAAUUCACGAGUACUGCUUGAAGAAGAAAUUCUCACAGAGAAAGGCCUCGAGAGCGUGUCCUAGUUGCGGUACUGGAUGGCCGUGUCAAGAUGGCGAGGGCGAGGCCGAUGAAGUGAACGAACCUGGGGAGGAGGAUCUAGCCUCGCCGGCUAACCAUCCCUCGAGGAAGAAGCGCAGUAGAGUCAAAGCUGAGCUGGUGGAGGAAAACGACAUCGCAGGCCCGUCGACGGAGGUGCCUAGGACUAGGAGGACCCUGAGAAGCGCUAAAGCCGAAGCAGUCGAGGCCGAUCAAGAGGCGUCUUCUACCGCAGCUUCACAGCCAGGCAGGGGUUCUAAAAGAAGGAAGAAGUGAGUGAUGACUGAUGAUGCAUGCUUAUAAAGGAGGGAGAUUGCAAAUGUUCCUCCUUUGCCAUGUGUAGAUACUACAGUAGACGUGCUGGUAUCCAGUGGGUAGUUUUUCAAGUGCCAGGGCAAAAGAGCCUUCUAGUUCUGCUCUUUGCUACAGUAGGGACUCGUAGACUGGUGGAGCUCUCAUGACGUCUAAGUUAUUUAUCUUGUGAAGCCAUUCCCAUAUUAUUACUUGUUUGUUAUGGUAGUAGAGAACAUCUUGGAGCACUGAAAAACUUGAGGGCAUGGGAUGCUGUCGCUUGCAUUUGUUGAUUCUGGAUUGAGGCAUGACAUGCAUGCUGUAGCUUGCAAUUGGCAGCUCCUUC